UAUCAGUCUCCCGGCGAUGAGCAUGCAAGGAAGCGAGCCCCAGCGACUCAGUGUUCUUCUUGCAUCAUGACCGCCAAGACGCUGACGCUUCUGCUGCUGUGCACCGCCACGCUGACUCAGGCGGCGCCAAAUGAGUCCCUGGCUGAGCCGAAGAACGACUUCCCGUGUCCUGAUGUAAUAGCCAUCUCGCCCUGUGUAUGCACCCAAGUCGGCGUGAAACUGAAUCUAGACUGUUCCAGAGUGACGAGCGACAAUCAGCUGGCGGGAGUGUUCAAGGCGGACUUCCCAUUCAAUAACUUCUCCAUGCUGACCAUCGUCGCCGACUCGGACGCCCCACGAAUCAACAUCGUCAGCCUGGAUGCGGACACCUUCCAGGACGUAUCAUUUGUCAACAUUCACAUCAGCCACACAAACCUUCAAUUCAUCUACCCGACGGCGUUAGACAAGUCGGCGCCGAGGCUCGAAACAAUCAUUGUCACCGACAGCUUCCUGGAACUCUUCCCGUUUGAUCUUGUGGACUACGCUCCGCUCUUGACUGACCUUCGUGUUUUCAGGAACAACCUCAUCCACAUGUCGGAGAUGAGCUCUGACACUCUCAUGUACCUGGAUGUCGCGUACAACCCCGGCCUUCAGUAUGGUGACCACACCCUGAAGAACCUCCCCAACCUGCAGUACUUUGUGGCUAACAACAUCGAGCUUGCUCACGUGGGGGAGAAUGCCUUCUAUGAGAAUACGAAGCUCGUGUACCUGGACUUGAGCAAUAACAAGCUGGAAACUCUCUACGCUGGCUCUUUGAAGUUCAAGAGUCCCAUCGAAACGAUUUACCUGAACGAUAACAACAUCCAUACCGUUGAAGUUGGAGCCAUUGAAGGUCUGGGAAACGGCUACGAGACAAAGCUGUUCAUGCAAAACAACUUCGUGGAGAGCCUCGACCAAAAGGUGUGGGAGCCAGUCUUCAACAGCGUCGCCGGCAAACUACGCACAUUCGUAUUUGACGGCAAUCCCUUCGAAUGCUCUUGUAACGUUCUGUGGCUGGUGUCGAACUCUGAGCACCGCAGGACCAUCGCCAGGGGCACCAUUUGCGAGAACACAGAAACCGACAUUCUCGACGUUGAUGUUGACUUCCUUCAAGCAAACUGCUGAGCCUCGCCGCCACCCGCCCGCUGCUGCCAACCGUGCUUCCCUGUUAUGCUGUGUGAAGAAACAAGCCACCAGAAGUGCCUCUACCAUAGCACUUAAUUAAGAGGGUUCUGAGCAGGGCAGUGGCGCCGGUUCCUGCUGCUGCACGUAAAGGAGAAUAUGACUUGUAAGCCAAUGUCGCUAAUGACUUAGGUGUAUUAUAAUGAGAGUAAAUUUAAAGAAAAACAAAUUUCAUGUAAACCAAUGUUGCUGAUGAUUUAGUCUCAUUUUAAGAAAAGUUAAGUCAAUAAACGCUCCUUGUCGU